GGGGACGGGCGGCCCCGGGCGCGACCCCGCGGCGGAGGGGUGAAGCGAGGUGAGCGGCGCGCCGACGGGAGCGGGAAGGAGAGCGGGCCGGCCCCGCGCGUCCCCGCGGGAGGUCAGGGGGCGGGCCCGCCGCCACGCUCCGUCAUGGCGCGGCCGCGGCUCUUCGGGCGGCUGCGGGCGGCGGUGCUCGGCGUGGUGCAUGUGGGCGCGCUGCCAGGGACACCGAGAAGUUCUCUUCCAUUGGCACAAAUCAUCGAUCAAGCUUGUCAAGAGGCAGAAGCAUACAAGGACGCUGGAGUUGAUGGCUUGAUAGUGGAGAACAUGCACGACCGGCCCUACACGCUGUGCCCUGGGCCUGAGGUGACGGCCACCAUGACGGCGGUGGGCGCAGCGGUGCGGCGGCUCUGCCCACACCUCGCCCUGGGCGUCCAGGUGCUGUGCGCCGCCAACCAACAGGCCACGGCGGUGGCUCUUGCGGCAGGUCUUGAUUUUAUCCGAGUUGAAGGUUUUGUGUUUUCUCAUGUUGCUGAUGAAGGGAUCAUAAAUGCCUGUGCAGGUGACCUGCUGCGAUACAGGAAACUAGUUGGAGCAGAGAAUAUUCAGAUUUUUGCUGACAUUAAAAAAAAACACAGUGCUCACGCUCUGACGGCAGAUAUCAGCGUGGCUGAGACCGCCUCUGCUGCCGAGCUCUUCCUGGCUGAUGGGGUGGUACUGACUGGUACAGCAACUGGGCUGCCUGCAGACCCUGGGGAGCUGAGAGAGGUUCAACGUGCUGUGAAGAUUCCUGUGUUGAUUGGGUCUGGAGUUACUUUGGAGAAUGUGAAGAAUUACUUGGAUGCAAAUGCUCUAAUAAUUGCUCCUACAGCUUUGUACCUCUUCAGACUAGCAUUAGUAACGUUACAAACUGCCAGGUUCCUUCCAGCACGCAAGGUGUAAUUAUGAUGGAAUCAUUUCUACCAGAACUGACAGACAAGGGAUGUUUUGAUCCUUUGGAUGCUUCUUCACAUUUAGAAAACCAUUGCUGCUUUCUGUCAGCCUAUGUAGAUCUGCAGUGAAAAGACAACAUGGUGGCACCAGUGACAUGCAAGUCAGGCCACAAGGUCGGUACUUAAGUGUUGAGACUAAUAAAUGCUUUUUACCCAAGUCUUCAAUGCACAGAUAAUUUUAGAGGGGGGGAAAUUUCUGCAAAUAGGAAAAUCCCUCACAAGAGGCAAAAGGGCUACAAUUCUCAACCUGAUUUGUUUCUUUUCCAUAUAGUUUGAAGCUUUAGAAGUAGUAAAUGUAAGGAGAUACUAGAAUGUUUCUUGUUAAACAGUCCAGGGUGGGAAAGAGUGUGAGGGUAAUUUUCUAGAUUAAAAAUCUAUUGAUUUUUUUAACAGGCAGGUUUCUUUCAAGAUGUCAGCAAAUGAUUUUGCUGAAUUGGGCUAAAACUACUACUUCUUUCCUGUAGGUGGUAGGAGCUGAUGAACCUGCUGAUAUCUCAGACCUUCUUAUUGUUUGGGAACAACAUUCGCUGUAAAAGUAUAAGUUUGUUGUAAAAGAAACUUUAAAUAGUUGAAUUUCCAAAUGGCGGUCCUAAAUCCAGACCUUAAAUGAUACUUUCUCCUUCCCGUGGUGCUCUCUCAGCUGUGGCUGUGCAGGGACCAAGCAAGAGUUACUGCACACCACUGCCUUGGUGUGCUUGCUGAGGGCAAGGUGGAGAAGCUGCCCAUCCCAGCACGUUAACAUGCAGGCAGGGACCACUCAAAAUCUUGGAGACACUUCAUUACCACUGGGAGCUCCAGCCUGUGCACGUGUGUCAAUACAUUGACUGUAUGAACAACUGCUCUAUCUGUGAGCGUCUGUGCAGAAUUUUGCGGGGGAGUGUUGGUGCUGCGUGCACCACUGCCAGGGAGCAUUUGCAGAAAGACAGAACCACAGACUGACUGAGCUUGGAAGGGCCUCUGUUGGCUGUGUAGAGGCCUAUAAGAAAGGAGACAGACUCUUCAGCAGGAUCUGUUGUGACAGGACAAGGGAAAAUGGUUUCCAAAUAAAAAAGGGGAGAUCUAGACUGAAUAUAAGAAAAUCGGGUUUUUUUCUGAUAAAGGUGGUGAAGCACUUGAACAGGCUGCUCAGAGAUGUGGUGGAUGUGGAUGGAGAUGUUCAAGGUCAGGCUGGACAGGGCUCUGAGCACCUGAUAGAGCUGUAGGUGUCACUGUUCAUGGGCAGGGGAGUCAGACUAGAUAGCAUUUAAGGGUCCCUUCCAAUUGAGAUGAUUCUAUGAUUCUAUGAAAUUAAGCGUGCAAGAUAGUAAUUGAACUCAGAAUUGACUGACUUAGUGCUGCAGCUACUGUAUUAGCUGUGCCAUGUUUUACCACUAUCCAAAUGAGGUCACAAAACAGAGGAAACUGAAAUCGUGCUUCAUAUAAAUAUAGGAGGAAUCCCAGAUUCAACAGUAAACAAGGAUGAAGAGGAAAGCAGUGCAUUAGGGACAAGAAAAGCUGCUGAAGUUUCCUGCCCUUCCUGCCUUAUUGUUUAUUGCAGCUUCCUGCUUUUUCAUUCUGCCUUUCAAGCCUUUCUCUUGCAUAUACAUAGAUUAUAGUAUGCAGAAGACUAAGAAUAAGCUGAAGGAAGAAACUGAAUUAAUGAAGACAUUCUUGUAACAGAGAAAAGAUUCUGUUGUCCACAGAUGCGCAAAGAAAAAUAGAAAAGCAGCUGCCCUUAGAAAUGGAGUAAAGUAGAGAGAAGUGCCACGUCAUGAUGCUUCAGUCAAAAUCUGAACUGUUGAAUGCGUUUGUAUGAGAAGAUUUGUACUUUUAUACAGGCAUAUAACCAAGAGGAGAAACAAUAGUAUCUCAUGUCUCAGAUGCUGUCCUGAAUAGUGUUGGCAUUUUGUUCAACUUACAGGUGGACAGCAAGGAUAAAAGUGAUUAACUUUCAACUGUUCUGCUAUGGAUGACAAUAUUAAUAAUGGGUUUAUUGCAAAAAACUUUGGUUUCUUCAAGAUCAAACUAUCAGAUGUGUAGGUGUGCUCUGUCAUCUUCCAUGGAAAGAUUCUGAAGGGCACAAAGCCCCUGUCUAUCUCACCAGUUUCCUCCUCUCUUCUGCAGAAUGUUUAUUUGUGUUUUCCAAAAGCCUUUGGGCAGAUUCACUACAAAGGUAUGGAAGAAACUUACUUGGCAAGUUGGGCGUUAGGUCAGAUGGAGCUGAGAUGCAGCAAUGAAGGGUAGGCUUCCUGGGUCAGCUGGCGUGAGCUGCCUUAUCUUACUCCUUGCACUACCUCCCUGUGCAAUGUUGCUCUUCUGUGUAAAGUGUCAACUGAAGCAUUCACGACAGCAAAUGCAGCUGGUGGCACUUGGGCUGUGACAAGUUGAUCACACCUUAUUAAUAGUAAUCUGAAAUCUUAAAUAAUUAUAUGACUGAUAUUUCAGUUGGGCACCGAAAAUAAAGUUUUGGGAAAUAAAAGUUUUGGGUUGGUUGUUUUUUA